CUGUGUGCUGUUUGUAAGCAUUUUUGUGGAAGUGCAACUGAUGCGGGUAUUCGCUGUCUGGCAAACGGAAUUGCCGGAGGUCUCUCCUUGAGCGGAUUUGUUCUUGUGCCCUGUUGUCAUCAUAAGUCGCGUUAUAGCGAAUAUUGUGGCCGUGAAUUUCUUGCUGAGUGGGAUAUGGAUAGUGAAGGUGACUUUGCUGCUCUGCGGCUUAUAGCAGCAUGGGCCGUUAGUGGGAUCACGUUGAAACGGAAUGAUAACUGUCGAUCUUCUGAUGGAUGUGAAAGUGAACAAUCCGUUGAUGAAAGGCCAUCAGAUGGCACAACCGUCUGAGUGCAUAUCUUUUUUGCUACUGUUAUCAGCACCAUGGUUGUGGUUAUUGCAGUCGUUAUCACUGAUGUGCUUGUUCUUCUCUUUGCAGAAAAUCUUGCUGCCAAAUAG